AUGGCUAGGCUCUCCGGCCUUCAGCGGGACGUUCUGUCCCUCUACCGUCAGUGUUUCCGUGAAAUCCGCAAGAAGCCAAUCCUUCCCUUUCCGCUCCCCUUUCCCGCUCUUGGGCAUCGGUACAUCCCGGCUGACAAGGGUCCUAGAGCGGAAUUCCAAAAGCACCUCUCGGUGAGCAAGAAGGACUUUGGCACGGUCGAAUAUCUCUUGCGCAAGGGCCAACGCCAGCUAGAGAUGUACUCUUCCCCGGGAAUUCGGAACAUCCGAUAA